CUCUCUCUUUCUUUUUGUUUCUUCAUUAAGUAGUUGAUCCAGGACCAAGUUAACGAACCAGUAGGAGAAGAAAGAGCAGAAGAAAGAUCAGAAGAAAUUUAAAGAUUGUGACUUGAUCUUAAUACCUCACCUGCGACGUGGGAGGCUAACUUUUCUCUUUGAUUCACUUCAUAUCAGAUAUUUAUACAAGGAAAACGAAGGAAGCAGAAGAUAUAUAUAUAUAUACAUACUGCAGGGGAACGGUUGGGAUUGGAAGAAUGGAUGGUUUGCGUUUGAAAACUGUGAUUCCUGGGAUGGCUCCCAAGAUCUCGGUGGGUGGGGCGUUGGAGGUUCGCGCAAGCACGUCGCAGGUAAGCGCGGUGGGGCGUUCUGUGGACAAAUCGGCGGUUGCGCCGAUGCCCAAGAGGGCGUCGUCGUCUGGGUUCUCGUUUCGAUACCCUUUGAGAUCUCUGUGGCCAGGGGGAGGAAAUGGUGGUGGGGAUGAGAAAAGAUACAAAGGUAUUGCCGUUGAGGACGCCGUUGUGGUGGAGAAUAAGGAGGAAAGAAAGAAAGUGGAGGAAAAAGAGAAUUUUGAUGAAAUGGCGUUGCCAGGGAGACAAAAUGAGAACUGGGUGUUGAAGAUUUUACACGUCAAGUCCUUGUGGGGUGAAAAACAGGGGAGGAGCGAUGAUGUAGAAUCACAGGAGGAAGAGGAAAAUGACAAUUGCGCCGCUGUAAAUGGUCAGAAAGAAGAUGAUGAGGAAGAUCCGUGUGAUGUCUGCAGAGUUGAUGGUGGUGAUGAUGAUGGAGGGAGGACUGAAUUUGAUAGAGAUUCGUUCUCCAAGAUGCUAAGGCGGGUGUCUCUUGCUGAGGCAAAGCUAUACGCUCAUAUGUCAUAUUUGGGGAACUUGGCUUAUUGCAUUCCAAAGAUUAAGCCUGGCAAUCUCCUGAAAUAUCGUGGUCUUCGUUUUGUAACUUCAUCCAUAAAAAAGAGAGAAUUGGCUAUGGAAGCAGAGAAAAGUCAGGUCCCAGUUGAAAAUCAGGAGGCAGAAAGAACUGUGAAGGAUGAAGUAGAUGACAAGGAGCCAAAAGGUGUUGGUCAUCAGAUAAGCGCAUCUGCUGCAUAUGGAAUGGCUGCCUCUGCUGCUUCUUAUUUACAUUCUCAUACAAAGAGCAUCAUUCCAUUCAAAUCCUCAACAGCCAUAGGCAGUAAGGAUUCACUUGAAGGUUGCAGUGGAGGUGAUAGUGGUGCUGAUUCAAUGAACACAGAUGUGGCUUCUUUGAUGGCAACAACUGACUCGGUAACUGCUGUGGUUGCUGCAAAAGAAGAGGUGAAGCAGGCUGUUGCAAAUGAUUUGAAUUCCACAUAUUCAUCACCUUGUGAGUGGUUUAUAUGUGAUGAUGAUCUGAGUGCCACAAGAUACUUUGUGAUCCAGGGAUCAGAGUCAUUAGCAUCUUGGCAAGCAAAUCUGCUUUUUGAACCGAUUCAGUUUGAGGGACUGGAUGUGCUUGUACAUAGAGGAAUCUAUGAGGCUGCCAAAGGUACUUAUGAACAAAUGUUGCCUGAAGUCCGUGCACACUUGAAAUCUCGCAGCAAUCAUGCAAAUUUCCGCUUCACUGGGCAUUCUCUUGGAGGAAGCUUGUCAGUUCUUAUUAAUCUCAUGUUGCUGAUACGGGGUGAAGUGCCUGCCCGUGCCUUACUUCCUGUUAUAACAUUUGGAUCACCAUCUAUCAUGUGUGGAGGUGAUCAUCUUCUUCAGAAACUUGGGUUGCCACGAAGUCAUGUUCAAGCAAUCACCAUGCACAGAGACAUUGUUCCUCGAGCUUUCUCUUGUAAUUAUCCUAAUCACGUUGCAGAGCUUUUGAAGGCCGUUAAUGGAAACUUUCGGAAUCAUCCCUGUCUCAAUAAUCAAAAGCUAUUAUUUGCUCCAAUGGGGGAGUUUCUGAUUCUACAACCUGAUGAGAAAUUCUCUCCUCAGCAUCAUCUCCUUCCUUCAGGCAGUGGCCUUUAUUUUUUAAGCUGUCCACUGUCAGAUGCUGGUGAUGCAGAGAAGCUACUCCAAGCCGCACAGACUGUAUUCUUGAACUCACCACAUCCGCUUGAGAUCCUAAGUGACCGCUCUGCUUAUGGCUCUCAGGGCACAAUCCAAAGAGAUCAUGACAUGAGAUCCUACUUGAACUGUGUUCGGGGUGUGAUCCGUCAAGAGCUAACCCACAUUAGGAAGGCCAAGAGGGAGCAGCGGCGCAAGGUAUGGUGGUCCGUUAUCUUACCACAUCACACAAGUCCAGGCAUCAUUAUGGGGAGGUCAGUGGCAUUAAUCAACAGGAGCCAAGAACAAUUCAACUUCUCUGGCAUCCUACAGAACGGUAAAGAAAAAAUCAGAAGGUUUGGUAGGCUCGUGACAUCACAGCACAUGCAUUUGCUUGUUCUUCUGUUGUUCCCUGCAAGGCUGCUACUCUUGGGGGCAUACAGUGUGAUCAGUUUUCCACUGAGUCACUAACAAUUCAUUGGAGGAAAAAUCUUGAGACGAAGAUCCGUGUCUGCUUCUCUGGCAUAGAUGGUAUAGAUUAUGAUUCUUUAUUCAUUGAUCAUUUUAGAGGAUGAAAAUUGAAAAAAAAAAAAAAAAAGGGGGGGAAAAUUUACACUCCCCCUAGAUGUUAAGGGAUAAAAGAAACAUUUUUACAGUUUUGAAAUUGAUUCAUGAAUUGCAAUACAUGUCAUGUUUAAUUUCCUUCAAUCAGGCAAGGUUUUUCUGUUGCUUCUGAAUUUGUCAAAGACAGUUUUCUGUCUAUCCAGAAAAUUGGCUGUCAAGAACUUGCGUAGGUGCAACAACCGUUUUCAAACAUGACUUCAGGGGACUUGGUCCAUGAAUAAUAUACUCACCCUUGGAGGGUACGUAAUUUUCCCAGGAAUCAAUCACCUUUGCAAGUUCUUUGAUUUUGAUUAGCAGUGUGAUAGUACGAAGUUACAGAAGCGGAAUGGGAUAUGUAUAUUCUCUCUUUUGUCCGGGAAAUGAAAUCACGGGAUUCAGAUUCUUUUUCCGGGGCUGCUGAGCACGUGGAAAAUCACAUGUAAUUACGUGGAGAAAACCGACAAGCCACGGAGAAAAGUUAUUUUUAAGUUUUCUUUAAGGACAAAAAAUGCAUGUCCACAGU